AUGAUUUUUUUUGUUUCGCCUCUGUCAAUAGUGCUCUUAUCGGUGUUUAUUGUGGCCGUUUUGAUUAUAUUCUGCAAGAAGUUGCGUAACGUCAACAAACUACCGGUGGAUGGUUUACAAAAACCACCAACACCUUUUAAGUUUCCAAUUAUUGGACAUAUGCAUCUCUUGGCGGGAUAUUCCGUACCAUACGAAGCUUUUUCGAAUUUGGGCAGGAAAUAUGGAAACGUUGUGAAAUUGCAACUUGGCAACGUCAAAUGCGUUGUUGUCAACGGGCAAAAAAACAUCAGAGAAGCCCUUAUCACCAAGGGUCAUCACUUUGACUCAAGACCCAACUUUGAAAGAUACCAGAUGCUAUUUGGUGGCAAUAAAGAGAACUCAUUGGCUUUUUGUGAUUGGUCCGACACGCAAAAACUCAGAAGAGACAUGUUGAAAGUCCACACGUUCCCACGUUCAUUCACCAACACCUAUUACUCAUUGGAUAACUUGAUACAACAAGCUAGCACCCUUAUUAAAUCGGAAAUAACACCGAACAAAUCAAUGGAAAUUAAACCCAUAAUACUAAAAAACUGCGCAAAUAUUUUCACGGCGCAUUUCUGCAGCAAGACCUUCAGCGUUAGCGAUGAAAAGUUCAUCAGAAUGGUGGAAAACUUCGACGACAUCUUCUACGAAGUGAAUCAAGGUUACGCAGCUGACUUUCUACCUUUUCUGAUGCCGUUCCACAAAAAAAACCUCGAGAGAAUAAACAGUUUAACCCACGAAAUCAGGGAGUUCAUUCUGGACGAAGUCGUUGGAAGCAAAUUCAAUGUUGAUACUGAUGUGGAAGGUGAUUAUCUGGACAGCUUGAUCAAACGCGUCAAGACCAACUCGGAUCUAACGUGGGAGACUGCUUUGUUCGCUUUGGAGGACAUCAUAGGAGGCCACAGCGCAGUUGGUAACUUUUUGAUCAAGCUACUGGCGUAUCUAGCUAAAGAAAGUGAAGUCCAAGCCAAAAUACAGGCGGAAAUUGAUGCGAAGGAAAAACCCGUCACCAUUUGCGAUAGAAGCUCCAUGCCCUACACUGAAGCAACUAUUUUCGAAGCUGUACGCCUCAUAGCUUCACCCAUAGUGCCCAGAGUAGCCAAUCAGAACAGCUCGAUAAAUGGUUAUGAAAUCGAAAAAGACACGGUUCUCUUCCUGAACAACUACGACUUGAGCAUGUCCAAAGCGUUAUGGAACGACCCAGCCAAAUUUAAACCUGAAAGGUUUCUGAAGAAUGGAAAAAUUGUGAAACCCGAUUAUUUUCUACCAUUUGGAGGUGGAAGAAGAAGUUGCAUGGGCUACAAAAUAGUACAAUUGGUCUCUUUUGGCAUUCUAAGUGAUAUUUUACAGAACUACACCGUGUUACCUGAUGACGGUACUUCCUAUGAAGUUCCAGUUGGGUCCCUGGCGUUACCGAAAAACACAUUUAAAUUCAAAUUUAUUUCAAGAUAA